AUGCGCAUGAUGGUGUUUGUAGGUGAAGACCACAAAUGCGACACGCACGAGGAAGUGGAGCUUCAUGACAAAACUAAGAUUUUGACAGGAAAAUCUCAAAUCAAGAGGAUUGCUCUGUUUCUUCUCAUGCUCAUGCAGAUCAUCCAAAAUCAAGACUUCAAAAUAACUUCAAAUCCAAGAUUGAGUUUAUACACUAAUUCUUGCAUUAAUAUCACUGCCAUUGAAGCCAUGGCCUUCAAAUCAUUUCUGUUUGUUUCCCUCUUAAGUGCUGCAAUAUGGGCAGCCCCAAUGGCUGAAGCUCAGCUUGGGCUUAUAGGCGGCCUUCUUGGUUUGAUCCGCAUCCAAGGGACUGUGUUUUGCACUGCCAAUGGCAACAUGGCUGCUAAUGGCACAGCAACCCCUGUUUUUCCUAAUGCUCUUGUGCAGUUGCAAUGUGGAGGAAAUGUGGUUUCUACCUCAACCACUAACGGAUCUGGACUUUUUUCAAUUGUGUUGGAUCCUCUAAAUUUUAUUCUUUCCUCAUUACUGAGCAACUGCAACCUAAAGGUUGAUACACCACUGACCAACUGCAACGCCAAUUUGCCUGCUCUAGGUGGUCUGUUAUCUUCCUUACAGUUCAUUGGAAACACUUCUCUUGGAGCACUCUUGAGUGUUGCAAACAUCAUUCCUGCCGGAUUCCGAUUCGUGCCUUCAAAUUAA